AUGCACGCCAUCCUGUUACUGAACCUAGUGCACUCUCCCCGUUCCCUUCCCCUCCCCCUACCCCUCCCCCUUCCCCUUCCCCUUCCCCUUCCCCUUCCCCUUCCCCUUCCCCCUCCCCCUGGCCCAUGGGCAGUUGGAGGCGGUGCAGGGAGUGGGGAAGAGCAAGGUGGGACCUCCUUCUUUCUCGCCCUUGACCCCACAGACCUCACUGUCGACCUGCUCGAGAAGCACCUCCUUGCAGCUGAGACUAGCAUAGUCGCUGUAGGUGCUUCUCGUGGCACUCCUCGCACUCCCUUCUUUGAGGGGUGUUCCCCCUCCCCCCUUGCCCCCUCUGUCGCUUCUGCUGCUGCUGUUGACUUCCUUCGUGCUGAGGAGGUCGGGGCUGCGUCUGCUCCUAGUGGGAGGCGCCGCAACGGCAAGGGCAAGGGAGGCAAGAGUGGUGGAGGUGGCAGCGGUGGAGGCGGUGGUGGAGGUGGUGGUGGCGGUGGGGGUGGCGGUGGGAGUGGUGGUGGGAGUGGAGGCGUCGGUGGCGGCGGUGGUGGCGGUGGGAGUGGUGGUGGGAGUGGAGGCGUCGGUGACGGCGGUGGUGGUGGUGGUGGUGGCGGCGGUGGUGGCGGCAGUGGGAGUGGUGGCGGCAACAGUGGUGACGGUCGUGGUGGAGCCCAUGGGGCGCCUGGGGGUAGUGUUCGCUACCCGUACGUCAUUCUCACAAGUGAUCAGGCUGGUCAGCCAUGCGAGAAGGUUGGUCAUACACAGUACCGCUGCUUCUCCCAUCUUGGCGACGCCUGGCGCGCAGAGUUUGGCGACGAGGCUGAGCUCCCCCGCUGGUUAGAGCUGCUUAGGAACGAUGUCGAUAUCUUUGCUCUUGACUAUGAUGCUAUCUUUGCUGCCAUGUAUACUUUAACUGUCAGUGUGAUGAAGAACCGCUGGGUGCCGCUGAUGUGCCGCUUGACACAGGCCGGUAUAGAGGCUGCUGCUCUAGGUGCUAGUGCAUCUGCUCUCUCUGGUACUGCGCCUGCUAAGGCCUUGCACACCUUCAUGCUUGACUCAGUUCUUGCACGCUCCUCCACUGUUCUCCCGUGUCCGGCGGUUCCGUCUGGCUCACUGUCAGGUCUUCACCUCCCCUCGUUCUCUACGAACUUGGUGAGUACCGCUGCCCUCCAGGAUGCGAUGGUCACUACUGGCACUUCUGGGGGUCAUCGUGUGGCGAUUUGCACGUGUACACGGACGGGCCGUCACCUGGCCACGUUCACACGUCGGCCUGGGUCGACUUUGUACACACUGACUACUGAGCCUACUCCGGUGGCUGUGUCAGGUCAGGUGUCCGCGUCAGGUCAGGUAGCAGCCCCCAGUUCGUGUCGCCUCCGCACGCACCUGACUCUCCUUUCGCAUCACCGCCUUGGUCACCCCUCCCUGCCACGCCUCCUUGGCAAGCAAUCUCGCUUCCUUGUCUCUGGUCUUCCCAGGUCUCUGCCUCCCCUCCCGUCCUCGCCUGCCCUGUUCUGCCUUCCUUGCGUCGAGGGGCGGCAGCGCGCCGCUCCUCACUCCUCCUCGUUUCCCCCGACGACUGCUCCCCUGCAGACUCUCCAUAUGGACGUGUGGGGCCCCGUCCGCGUCCGUGGACAUGACCGCGAGCGAUACUUCCUGCUAGUUGUUGAUGACUACUGUCGAUACACCACGGUCUUCCCCAUGCGCAGUAAGGGGGAGGUCCCUUAUGUCUUUAUCCCUUGGAUCCACGCUGUUCGUCUCCAGCUUCGCGAGCAGUUCCGUCAGGACCUUCCUGUCCUGCGUUUGCACUCUGACAGGGGUGGUGAGUUCUCCUCCGACCUCCUGUGGGACUUUUGUCGUGGAGAGGGUUUUCUCAAGUCGUUCACGCUUCCGGCCUCCCCACAGCAGAAUGGGAUUGCUGAGCGCCGCAUUGGCUUAGUCAUGGAGGUGGCUCAUACCUCCAUGAUCCAUGCAGCUGCUCCCCAAUUUCUGUGGCCGUUUACGGUCUGGUACGUUGCACAUCAGCUCAACCUCUGGCCCCGUGUCUCCUUGCCGGAGACCUCGCCUACACUGCGUUGGAUGGGGGAGGUUGGCGAUGUGCCGCUCUUCCUCGCUCCUGGUCCCCCUCCGGUAGACCCCCUCCCCUUCAAGGUCCUGCUCUUUCAGCUGAGGGGGGGUGAUGUUGCUGCUGACGACGCGGCGGCCCCUGGCCACUCACCACGCUUGGAGACCCCUCCGGGUUUUCUACCUCAACCGUCUUCGCCGCCUCUGCGGCCUGUUGCUGUCGACUCUGGUGCUCUUGGGGGUGGUGUUCCUAGAGGUGCUGAGUCUGGGGGUGCUGAGCCUGAGGGUGCGGAGCCUGGGGGUGCUGAGCCUGAGGGUGCGGAGCCUGGGGGUGCUGAGCCUGAGAGUGCGGAGCCUGGGGGUGCUGAGCCUUGGAUUGCGGAGCCUAGGUGUGCUGAGCCUAGGAGUGUCGAGCCCAUAGGCAUCGUUGCUGUAGGCACCUCUCGUGGCGACCCUCGCACCCCGUUCUUUGAGGGGUGUUCCCCUUCCCCCCUCCUCCCCUCUGUCGCCUCUGCUGCUGCUGUCGACCUCCUCGGUGCUGAGAAGGUCGGGACCGCGUCUGCUUCGAGCGGGCGCCGCAGGAACAAGGGGGGCAGGGGUGGGGGUGGCGGCGGAGGAGGUGGGGGUGGAGGCGGUGGGAGUGGAGGCGCGGCUGAGGAGGCCAGUGGCGGCAGUGGGGGAGGAGACAGCAGCGGCGGGAGUGGUGGCAGGGGCGGAGGCGGCAGCGGGGGCGGAGGUGGUCGUGGUGGCGGCAGGGGUGGAGGUGGCCGGGGCGGAGGCGGUGGGGGUGGUGGUCGUGGAGGCACUAGCGGAGGGCAGAGUCAGCAGCCCGCCCCGACGCUUCAGGCCGCCCGUGAGUGGUAUGCGCAGCGUGGCUUUACCUGCACGUACGUUAUUCGCACAGGUGACCGCAGCGGCCAGCAGUGUGGGAGGCCGCACCCCACGCAGCGCUGCUUCGCGCGCCUUAACGACGCGUGGCGCACCCAGUUUCCUACUGCCACUGAGCUGCCGCGCUGGGCUGAGCUGGAAAAGAGGGGUGUUGAUAUUUGGGCUCUAGACUUUGAUGCUAUUCUCACUGCCAUGUAUGCGAUGUCUAUUAGUGGAGAGGGUGCUCAGUACUUGCGUGUUCCGCCCGACCCGGGCAUUCAGGCCAGUCCGGCUGCCGCUCUAGGUGCUAGUGCGUCCGCUCCCACAGGUCCUGGUGAGGCUGCUGCCCUAGGUGCUAGUGCGUCUGUGCCCCCUGGUACUGAGUCGACUGCAGCACUGCACACCUUCACACUGGACUCCGGUGCUUCUCGCUCUUUCUUUCGUGACUGCACUGUCCUUGAGCCACUCGCUCGGCCAGUUGCGGUCUCCCUUGCUGACCCCUCUGGGGGUCCGGUCAUUGCCACCUCCUCCACUGUCAGGUCUCUACCUCCCCUCGUUCUCUACGAACUUGGUGGCAGGUAG